AUGGCUAUCCGACCAGCUAUGUCAUGGAGGAAUUACCUAACGACACUCACCCGCCUGCGAGCUCCACAGAGGGGUAGCUUGACUGCUAUUCCUCGAGGGGUUGUACAUGUUCCCUUGCGGUGGAGCUCUAAUGAACAGGCUCCCAAAAGCGGGGCUCUUAAGAGCAAGACCCCACCGGUAAAGAAUGAGUUUCUGAUACCAGAAGCUGCAAAAGACUCGGUCAUACUCAAACAAUUUGACUCCAAUCAUGAUCUCAAGAAAGCCUUUUCUAUGUACUCCAAGGGGUAUCUUGUGCUGAAAGGAGAAGGUGCUUGGGAUGAGAAACCCUUCUUAGUAUUUGGAAAGUUUCUUCUCAGAGAAAACUGCCAAUGUCCCAAAUGUGUUCAUCCGGACACGAGACAGAGAAUUGUUGACACUUUCUCGAUCCCCGAGGAUAUCGACGUGACAAAUAUCGAAUCGCGUCCCACGGACGUCAAAAUUGGUUGGUCCGAUGGCCAUGAGAGUCUCUACUCGUGGGCCUGGCUUGUCGCACACCAGAAUACAAAGCCGUGGAAUGACAAGCCGUGGAAUGCUAGACGAAAAGAGCAUCUUCAACUAAGAACCAAGCAUGUUGAUAUGCAUGAUGCCAGAGAUACCAAAUACCCAGAGGUAUCAUACGAACAGGUGAUGUCCGAAGAGAAAGGUGUAUUACGUUGGCUUCGCAAAAUUUACUCGAACGGAUUUUGCUUCAUCAAGGGGGUUCCAGUGAAUCCUGAGGCAACGAAGGAAUUGAUUGAGCGGAUUGCGUUCAUCAGAAACACCCAUUAUGGUGGCUUUUGGGACUUUACCGCUGAUCUAACCUUCAAGGAUACAGCAUAUACCAAUGAGUUCCUUGGCGGACACACGGAUAACACCUAUUUCACUGACCCUGCAAGGCUCCAGCUCUUCCAUUUGUUGUCUCACACAGAUGGCAGCGGAGGAGAAAGCUUACUGGUAGAUGCGCUUGCGGCUGCUCGCAAGUUGGAAGAAGAAAGCUUUGAGGAUUAUCUCUGCUUGACCACAGAAAGACAUUCAUGGCAUGCGAGCGGCAACGAAGACGUCUGCAUCCAGCCUUCUUUCCGCGCCCCUGUUCUCUCUAUACACCCUGACUUUGAAAGAGUCUAUCAAGUCCGUUGGAAUAAUUACGACCGCGCGCCAAAGAAUGAUUGGAAAAUCAAGGACCAGACACGCUGGUAUAAGGCGGCUAGACGAUUCAACGAAAUUCUCAAUGAGGAAAGCAGACAAAUAUGGACUCAGUUGGAGCCGGGUACAGCUUUGAUUUUCGACAAUUGGAGAAUGUUGCAUGGUCGCUCUGAGUUCACUGGGAAGCGCAGAAUGUGCGGCGGCUACGUGAAUAAUGACGACUUUAUCUCACGACUCCGACUCCUGAAGUAUGGCCGAGAGAGGGUUUUGAACAAUCUCGGAACCACGAUGGCUAAACGCCACCCAAAUUCUAACAUCUCUGCCAUCUACUAA